AUGGCUCCAAGGUUGGAUUUUUCAGAUUGGUGGGCGAAAGAUACGAGGAAAGGGACACCAGUUGUAGUGAAAAUGGAGAACCCAAAUUACUCAGUGGUUGAAAUCGAAGGUCCAGAUUCAGCGUUUAGACCAGUGGAGAAGAGCAGAGGGAAGAACGCAAAGCAGGUGACUUGGGUUUUGCUUCUCAAAGCUCACAGAGCCGUUGGAUGUCUCACUUGGGUCGCCACUGUCUUCUGGUCUCUCCUUGGUGCUAUCAAGAAACGGCUUAGUUUCACUCACCCACUUGGCUCUGAGAAACUGGGCAGAGACAGAUGGCUUUUCUCGGCCAUUAAGAUCUUCUUAGCUGUUUCCCUACUACUUCUCGGAUUCGAGAUUGUUGCUUAUUUCAGAGGAUGGCAUUACUUCAAAAACCCUGAUCUUCACAUCCCCACUACCACACUUGAGAUCCAGAGCCUGCUUCAUCUUGUGUAUGUUGGUUGGUUAAGCCUUAGAGCUGACUAUAUUGCUCCUCCAAUCAAAGCUCUCUCCAAGUUUUGCAUUGUGCUGUUCCUUAUACAGUCGGUAGAUCGUUUGAUUCUUUGCUUGGGCUGUUUUUGGAUCAAGUUUAAGAAAAUCAAGCCGAGAUUUGAUGAGGAACCUUUCCGUGAUGAUGAUGCUGAGGGAUCCGGAUUUGCGUAUCCAAUGGUUCUUGUUCAGAUUCCAAUGUGCAAUGAAAGAGAGGUGUAUGAACAAUCUAUAUCUGCUGUGUGUCAACUUGACUGGCCAAAAGAUCGAAUCCUGGUUCAGGUUCUUGAUGACUCGAACGAUGAAAGCAUCCAACAGUUAAUCAAAGCUGAAGUAGCCAAAUGGAGCCAAAAGGGAGUCAACAUAAUCUACAGGCAUCGCUUGGUUAGAACCGGAUAUAAAGCUGGCAACCUCAAGUCCGCUAUGAGCUGUGAUUACGUGGGAGCAUACGAGUUUGUAGCAAUAUUCGAUGCUGAUUUCCAACCUAAUCCAGAUUUCCUUAAGCUAACAGUUCCACAUUUCAAGGAUAACCCAGAGUUAGGUCUGGUUCAAGCUAGGUGGACAUUUGUGAACAAAGACGAGAACUUGUUGACCCGUCUUCAGAACAUCAAUCUGUGUUUUCACUUUGAGGUUGAGCAGCAAGUGAGCGGCGUGUACUUGAACUUCUUUGGUUUCAAUGGAACAGCUGGAGUUUGGAGAAUCAAAGCCCUUGAGGAAUCUGGUGGCUGGCUUGAAAGAACCACCGUUGAGGAUAUGGAUAUAGCAGUCCGCGCACAUCUCCAUGGAUGGAAGUUCAUCUAUCUCAACGAUGUCAAGGUCCUCUGUGAAGUUCCUGAGUCCUACGAAGCAUAUAAGAAGCAGCAACAUCGUUGGCAUUCGGGACCUAUGCAGCUCUUUCGCUUGUGCCUUGGUGCAAUCUUGACCUCUAAGAUAGCGAUAUGGAAGAAGGCGAAUCUGAUACUUCUCUUCUUCCUUCUCAGGAAACUCAUACUUCCUUUCUACUCCUUCACGUUGUUCUGCAUAAUCCUUCCACUCACCAUGUUUGUUCCAGAAGCUGAGCUCCCUGUUUGGGUCAUCUGCUACAUACCGGUUUUCAUGUCUUUCCUCAACCUUCUUCCAUCUCCGAAAUCUUUUCCUUUCAUCGUCCCUUACCUCUUGUUCGAGAACACAAUGUCAGUCACCAAGUUCAACGCGAUGGUAUCCGGGUUAUUCCAAUUGGGCAGCUCUUACGAGUGGAUUGUCACAAAGAAAGCUGGGAGAUCAUCAGAGUCAGAUCUUUUAUCUAUCGCCGAGAAAGAAACACCAAACAAGAAAAGCCAAUUGCUUAGAGGGGUCUCCGACAGCGAGCUUUUGGAGCGGAGCCAACUCGAAGAACAGAGACAAGCGGUUUCAAAGAAACCCGUUAAGAAAACAAACAAGAUAUACCACAAAGAGCUCGCGCUAGCCUUUCUUUUGCUCACUGCAGCGAUUAGGAGUCUCUUGGCGGCUCAGGGAGUGCAUUUCUACUUCCUGUUAUUCCAAGGUGUCACCUUUCUUCUCGUGGGUCUCGACCUCAUAGGCGAGCAGAUGAGCUGA